AAUACUGUGGAGCACGUGAAGAAAGCAAAUCUUUAGGAGUCGAAAAGAUGACGAUCGCGCAACGCGAAUUCACGGAGAAGGCCUCGUUAAGCUGCUUCCAUGUCCUCUGACUCCUUCUUCUCCAAGCAAUCCGUCCAUAAUUGAAGGGACUCUCCCGAGCCUCUUGCCUUCUUCUUCUUCGCCCUCGCAAUGCUCUCUCCCGCGCGGGCGAUCGCCUGACGUGCGCGCGUGUGCGUGCGUGUCUCCGAAGAGCGCCUGGCGUUGUCGUUGAAUUCGCUCGGCUGAUCGUCGCUGAUCGUCGGGGGAGCGCCGGUGGAUUGGCGAGAACGAAGGAUCGGGUGAUCGAUGGAAGGCAAUAACAAUCCGGCGGCCAUGGCGCAGGGCGGCGCCCCCGCCGUCGAGGGCGGCGACUGGAGGCAGAGCCUGACGCCGGAAUCCCGCAAACGGGUCGUCAGCAGCAUCGUGGAGAACCUGAUGAAGUUUGUUCCUUGUCGCGGGCAAGAGGGUCUUCCCGAACUGCAGAGCAUGGCAAUGCAGCUGGAGGAAAGGCUUUAUGCGGUCGCCUCGAGUCAGCAAGAUUAUAUAAGGAGGAUAUCUCUAAAGAUGCUGCAAAUCGAGAGAUGUCAGCAAAAUAAAGGAGCCAAUUCAUUGCUGGCCAACACCAGUGGGACAAGCAAUAAGCCUUCAGAUCCAGGUACCUGGAUCCAAAUUCAAAAUCAAAGUCAAUCAAAUCCCAAUCAAGCGGCAGUUAGUCAGUCUCAAGCACAACAUGCGGUUUUAUCAACAAAUACAACUGCCAGAACACAAUGUCCUCCCAAUUUAUCAUCCAUGCCCCCUCCUUGCAACUUGAACUGGAAUUCCACGCCAAGUGCGGGUGGACUGAACUCCAACAUGCAGCACAUUCCGGUGUUCUCAGACAAGCCACAGAUGGGUAUGAAGGGAAGAGAUGUCUCCUCAAGCAUGUUUUGUAAUCCUCAGAGGCAGAUUCAUGGACCUGAACAGCAGCUGAAGCAGCAGCAAUCUCAAAAUCCACAGCAGCAUCUCUACAACCAGCAGUUGCAGUGUCAGGCCAUGAACCAAAACUUUCACAAUUUGUCGCCGGCCACUCGAUCUCAACCUCCUCAGCAAUCUGUUCUGCAGACAUGCCCUGUCACACAGCAAAUUGUCAUGCAGUCAUCUCCUCUAUCUAGCCUUCAUCAAAGUCAACUGUCCUAUGCUCAGCAACCAAAACAAUCCAUGCUUCAGCAACAUCAAGAAUCGGUUGUCAGGCUCCAACAUCAAACACAACAUACAGGUGCCUACCCAGUGCCCCCACAACAGCAGAAUAUAGGACAACAGACCAGUGUGUUGAAUAUGCCACAAGAUCAAUUCAUCAACCAGCAUAGCAGCCUGAUGAAUAUGCAGCAGCAACUGCAGAACGACAUUCCAAACCAGCAGCAGCAAGUGCAGCAACCAUUUGUGCGGACUCAAUAUGGGUGCUCAAGCAAACAGGGGGCUAUGCAAGAGCCUCCUAAUUCUUUAAGAUCUGGUUCCUACCAUUCUGGAAUGCAGAGAAGCUUACAAACGCCAAGAUCAUCAAUGCAGCACCAGAAUAUGACAAAUCAACAAAAGCAGUCAUUCCAAUCACAAAUGCCCCUUCCAGGGACAUCGAAAUCUCUUGAUUCCAUCUCUCAAACAGAUAUCGCUUGUGCGGGCGAUUGGCAAGAGGAAGUUUUUCGAAAGAUUAAUGACAUGAAGAGGCUAUAUUUAUCUGAAUUAGAGGAAAUACACAGCAGAGUUUCUAUGAUACUGCAGCAGAAUGGUUCUAUUCCCCAGUCACCCAACUCCUCGGGGCAAUAUCAAAAACUGCAAGUAAUUAAGAAAAUGACGGGUCAACUCAUUUCUUUUCUGCGAGUUCCCAAAAGCAAAAUCUCACCCAAUAUCAAGGAUAACUUGAAUUCAUGCGGGAAGAACAUUGUGAGUUUGAUCAAUAUAAGUAGAAGCGGGAGGCUAAUUCCGCGGCAGCAACCACAAGUCCCCCCACCUCAUACGCAGUCUAUGCCGCCUGAGCAAUCCCCAGCUCAGUUUCCUCCUGUCCUGUUACCCGGAAUAGAUAUGUCAGAAACCACUGUUAAUUUUCAGUGCAAGCCAAACAUGCUUCAGUUUAAUCAUCUGAAUCAACAUCAGGAACGACAGAUGCUGCAAAAUCAGCAACUUAAUCAACAACUACAAGAAUGUCUGGUGCAGCCGCAGCUGAUGCAGAAACAACAGAUUUCACAGCAACUACCUGCAUGCUUGCAGACUUAUCAGAUGUCACAGCCUCAUCAAAUGGGCGAUUCAAAUGACCUUAAGAUGAGACUAGGAACAGGUGUCAGACCAGGAUCUUUCUCCCAGCAACAUCGUUUAUCUGGAUACCGGUCUGCUCAUUUAGAUCAACAGUUCAAAUCAGGAAAUUCAUUGCCUAAAUCUUCACAGCAGCUUCUCCCGGCAGCUUCCAUUCAAAUCUCAGAACACCCUUCUCCAGAGAUUGAUAAGCAUAAGCUGUUGACGGCUUCCACAAAAACUGGAACUUUUUUACAAUCUGCAAACUCACCUUUUAUGGUUCCAUCCCCUGCUACUCCGUUGGGCUUGUCGCCAAUGCCAGUGGAUACCGAGAAAUCUAUUUCAGGUCUCUCAUCACUAUCCAAUGGUGGAAAUAUUGGACAACUGCAAACAGACGAUGCACCGGCAUCAACGCCACCAGUUUCUACUGGGACUCCAGGAAUUUCAAUCUCACCGCUGCUUGCUGAAUUAAGUAGUCCAGAUAGGGCUCCGUGGAAAUCGGCAAAAACUUCUUCUGGAAAAUCAAGUGUUACUGAGCAGCCUGUUGAGCGUUUAAUUAAAGCGGUGAAAUCAGUUUCACAUCAAGCUUUAGAAUCUGCUGUAAGUGACAUUAUAUCGGUGGUCAGAGGAAAUGAUUGUCUAGCUGGGACUGCGCAAGGUAGUGGUUCAAGAACUGCGGUUGGUGAAGAUUUGGCUGCAACAUUGAAGUGCCAUUUGCCGUCUCAGAACUCCAAUUUGCAAGAUGAAAUAAGUGGGACAAGGAAAUUGAAACGCCAUGUCUGUGCGAUGCCUCUGAACCUGGCGCCAUCUCUAGGAAGUAUGAACGAUAGUUUUGCGCAAAGGACUGGUUCAGAAAUUUCUGAUAUAGAGUCAACAGCAUCAUCUAGUGUCAAAAGGCCGAAAUACGAGGCUAAUUAUGACCUCUGGGCAGAAAUAAAGCAGAUUAACCAGCAACUUAUACUCACAGUGGUUGAUAUCAGUGAUGAAGAAGUCGAUUCUCAUGCAGCUUCUGCUUUCACUAAAGUAGGUGAAGGAACUAUCGUCAAGUGCUCUUUCACCGGUGUGGGUAUCAGUCCAAAUCUAAGAUCAGAGACCGCCUCCUUGAAUAUGUCACUGAUUCAGCCUUUGUGGUUGCUUCUGCCUAUGAACUAUCCAAACUGCUCUCCCAUACUUUUGGACAAGCUUCCAGUUGAUGUCGGUAAAGAGGCUGAAGAUCUUUCAGCUAAGGCAAAAUCAAGGCUCGGCUGUGCUCUCAGAAGGCUUCCACAACCCAUGUCGCUCAGAGGGAUAGCGUUGAGUUGGGAAGAGAGUGUCCGAGCCGUCAUUUUGGAUUUUGCGCUGCAGAGCGGUGGGGGCAGCUUCAGCUCCAAAUAUGGAGCUUGGGAACAAUGCCGGUGAUUUUGAGCCUAGUGCUAUUUAACAGCGCUGUUAUUUCUAAUCAAUACAACAAAACACGGUUUUUCUUCAAUCAACACCAUCGAGUUACACAACUCAGCUUGAGAUUUUGAUCGUCCACCGAGCAUUUUGAAUGUUUACCAUAUUCUUUUUAAGAGCAUGAAUGCUGAUAUCUAUCAUCAAUAAUUUCUCUGUAGUUUCUGUA